CGAGAGAUGUGGAUGUGCGGAAUGCCAGUAACGACAGGGGUGACCGACAUCUGGGUCCCGCAGGUAGAGUGUGAUAAUGGCCCCACAUGUAAGUGAAGGAGGUGGCCCUUCCAUGAUGCACGACGAGGUGAGCCCACGCACGAUGGGCCAGAUGCAGUCGGCCUUUCGCGCCACGGCCCAUUACACAACCAAAAACACCUGCACGAUCACCCCAGCGGAACGCCCGCGCAACUGAAACGGCCAUCUCCAACCAUCUCGCCGUCGCCGAUGCCGCCAACCGCCGGCGAUCCGUCGCCCUCGCCGUCCUUCUCCUCCUCCAUCACCACGCCCGACGGGUGGCAUCCCCGCACGGCGGAACGGCGCCUGCUGCACCUCCUCCACCACUGCCCCAACGCGCGCGCCCGCCCGCUCGAGCUCCUCGCGUUCGCCGUCCGCCGCGCGCUCCCCGCCUCCCCGCCGUCGCCGCACCACCACUCCCUCGCGGCGCUGAUCCUCCUCUCCUCCCCGCCGCCGCCCGCGCUUCCCCUCCUCCGCCUCCUCCCUCCCGAGCCCCCGCCCCCGCUCACGCUCCUCAACGCCGCCGUCAAGGCCCUCUCCUCGUCCUCCUCGCCGGCCGACGCCUUCCGCCUCCUCUCCACCCUCCGCCGCCUCCACGCGCCGGACCGCCUCAGCUUCCUGCCCCUCCUCGGCUGCGCCUCCUCCUUGCCGCUCCUCUCCGCGCUCCACUCGCUGCUCCUCCGCCUCGGCUUCCUCUCCCACCACGCUAUCUCCCUCGCGCUCCUCAAGCCAUACCCUUUGCCGCACGUCCGCGUCUUGUUUGACGAAAUCCCCCAAAAGAACAGAUGCACCGUCGCCUACAACACUCUCAUCACGGCGUGCCUCAAGGUCAGGGACAUCCGCGCCGCGCGUCACCUGCUUGAUGAAAUGCAGCGGUACAGGCGAUCCAGGAGGAGCGUGGUUUCUUGGAACCUUAUGAUCGCCGGGUGUGCACGGUGCGGACGAGAUGACAUGGCGGUGUGGUUUUUCGAGGGGAUGGUCGGAGAGGGGGAGGUGGCACCGGAUGAUGGGACCUUGGCGGCGGCGCUCCCAGCCUGUGGGAGGACGGGAAAUGUUGGGGCAGGGAGGUGGGCACAUGAGUAUGCGAAGAAGACUGGGCUGUUGGAAAGUACAGUGCAUGUUGCAAAUGCGGUGGUGGACAUGUACUGCAAGUGUGGUGAUAUUGCCAGCGCAAGGGAGGUGUUCGAGGGGAUGCGGAAGCGGAGCGUGGUGAGCUGGAACACCAUGAUCGCUGGAUUCUCACUGAAUGGGCAUGGAAUUGACGGAAUUGAGCUGUUCCAAGAGAUGCAGAAGCAAAGAAUUGAGCCUAAUUCUGUGACAUUCUUGGGGGUGCUUGGGUGCUGUGCGCAUGCUGGGGCAGUGGAAGUUGGACGGGAGAUCUUCCAGAGCAUUUUAUCGGAACAUGGCAUUGAGCCAGCAAUUGAGCACUACGGGUGUAUGGUGGAUUUGCUUGCAAGGUCUGGCCUUCUGGAGGAGGCACAUGCACUGAUUCAAGGUAUGCCAAUGAAGCCUAAUGCCGCAAUAUGGGGAGCACUGUUAAGUGCAUGCCGCGCCCACUCUGGUCUGGGCAUUGCUGAGGUGGCUCUGAAAGAGCUUAUCAAUCUUGAACCAUGGAACUCGGGGAACUAUGUGCUGUUAGCCAAUCUUUAUGCAGAAACAGAACGGUGGGAGGAGGCAGGGGAGGUGAGGAGACUGAUGAGGACAAUGAGUGUGAAUAAGGCUCCAGGGCAGAGCUUAAUUGAAGAAGCCAGGUUUCAGUUGACUAAUGCAUCCCAGUAGUCAGCUCUGAGGAAAUAAAACUUCAGUUUGGUAGGCUAACUGCUGAGUUUCUUCGGAAGGCAAAGCUCCUUGCGUCAACCAAUGUUUUUAUCAAGCGAAGCAGACUAGUAUUUGCAGGAACCAGAUGUGGAAAUCUCUUAAAAGCAUGUGCCAAUUCAGGUCAAGAUGUUCCACUCAAAUCCAUUGAUCUUCCUGUUUAAAGUAAGCUGCUGCACAAGGAUGGAUCCGCGAGGAAGUGAUAGUUCUGAAAUAAAGCUGGUGGUUCAUUUCUGGAAGAGUUUGGCAGCUGACCGAUGCAAAAUUCCAGUCGAAUUUCAGGUCCCCACAAAGGAGAAGCCAAGCCAGGGCACCGCCAUUUCUUUCCGUGUGCAUCGUCCACGCUUUGUUUUAUCCACUGCCCAUGAGCCUGCUUCUGCUAGUGCCCGUUCUUUACUCCCAGCAGCUGAGGUGAGGUGAGCUGAGCUCAAUGGCCGCUCCGCUCGUGUCGCGCCGCCUGGGGAUCGGCGCGGUGGCCGGCCGCCGGAGCCGUAGCCGGAGCCGGGGAGGGACAGGCGUUGACCUCGGCACCGCCUCCUCGAACGCAGGCGGUCCAGGUCGUGGGGUGCAAGGAUCGGCUCCCGGGGAUAUGGCCUUUGGGGAGCAGUAGAUUUGAUCAACUCCACUCCGAAUUCUUAAUCCUGUCACAAGUAUCAUCAGCUGGAUAAACUAGCAGCAAUCAUGUACUGCAAAUAUACUAGUAGUGCUGGUGCGAAUAUGUUGAGUUGUUGAUGGAUAUAAUUUGUGAUGAUCGAAAAGGAGUGCAUCGAUGAUGAAGGAUGUGGCGCUUGCAAUAAUCAAAUGCAGUAGUGCUCGCUGUGCCAUGCAGGUUGUAUCAUACUGUUUCUUUUAGCGCCAUGGCGAUCUUGCUGGAUCUCCUCGCCCGGCGCACGUACGGGGGCUCUCACCAUUGGAGGCCAUGCCAGGUCGGGUCAGGUCUGCGCGAAGCAGAGUACUCUACAAGGUUGGUGCUGGUGCGUGACAGUGUGAGGGGUGAGUGAAGAAGAAGAUGAUUGGGAUUUGGGAGGAAAGCUGGUGGGCGAGCUGCUGAUGAGUGCCGGGCCACGUCGUCCCAGCACUCGAGGUACGUGGAGAUGCCUUGUUACCUUUAGCAACUUUAUUCAUCCAACGUCAUUACCAGUGAAGGAGUCCCAUGGUCCACGAGGUUAGCGAAAAAGUCAAUGCAGAGCCUACCUUUCCAGUGUCCACCCAUCCCUGCUCAAUUUUGUUAGCAGAGUUGUUAAUGAUAAUCCUGUUUUCCUUGCUC